AAAUGGCAUUAAAUUUAUUUUAUUAUUUAUUGAUAUUUCUAUUAUAACAUCCGUAACUAAAUUAUAAAAUAACCUUUAUAAUUGGCAAUAUGGCAAACACUAAUCGAGAGCGAAAUGCGAAUCGUAAUUCUAUGGAAACCAUUCUCACAUUUGAAAACAGAGAUAUUAGUCAAUGGUCAAUGGUGUGGUCCACAAAUAACAUUCCUGGCAUGGAUAACGCUACUGGCGGUGGAUCACACCGGCGCGUAGCCGGUCGUCUGAAACUGCGCACCGGCACCCUCGCACUUGGCGCGUUCCUUACCAUGCACUGUCGUGUUACAGCUUCUGCACUCACUGGUGGUUUUUUUGUCUUUAUGCUGUUCCUAAUAUUAUCGGUGGUAUUGUUGGCAAAUCCUUUGCGCCACUUUGAAGUAUACCUCGGACAGUGGAGUAUCAGUGGACCGGGACGCGCCUUCAGGAUUAUUCCUAUGCUCGAUGGAAUUGGCAUAGCUAUUUGUAUAAAUGCAAUAGUGCGAGCUAUCAUUUGUUGUACUAUUGCUGCAAUAUCGGCAAUUUAUGUUGUGCAUUCCGUGGCAGAUAAUAAGUUACCCUUCACACAUUGCAGAGACUUUGACCUAAAAGCAUAUGAUCCUAUUAUAAAGGAUAUAAAAAGUGUGAUGUUGCGAGAGUCAAGAUUCUCUCUAAAGACUGGUGUAGUUAAGGAUGAUGCGGAAGUUAUUAAUUCAUCACCAUCCACCGUAGGACUUUACUAUCGAGCAUGGCGAAAUAUGUCCAACAACAGUAAACGGAAUGUACGUUCAAUAGAAGUGUGUAAUGAGAUGUAUUCUGGCACUUAUCCUCCUUUAUAUAGCACGCCUGCAUAUAAUUUUUUCUACGUGGAAGUUUUGCAACUGCGGAAGGACUAUAAUUUGGGACAGUUUAAUAUGCCACUUGUUUUGAGUAUAAUCUUAACUUGGAUCAUAAUAUGGAUGUUAAUGAUUAGCGAACACUUAUCACACGGGAGAUUAAUCUGGAACAACAUAUAUGCAUGGUUUGUGUUGGUGCCGUGGUGUUGGGCGGUGUUAUUAAUAAUUGCAGCAUUCACAAGCCUUCUUACGAUGGAAACUACGAUACAUAAAGUCUUUCGCAUUAGUGCUAAGGAAGUGUUAGCUGGCAUAUCGGAUGCUUUACAGAUAGCACUAUAUAUACAUUCUGCAAGCGUUGGGACUGAAAUUAUCCUGGGGAAAGGCCUAAAUCACUACGCAUCUGGGCAUAUCGAUCCACAACUUAAUAAUGAAAAUGUAUGGCACUCUGGUAUGCUUUUGCUAUUGAUCGCGAUACAAUCAGGGGGAGCCGCUGGCUGUGCGCUGGUUGAUUACAUGCAGCCUGAUACACAAACCACCUACGACAUGCAUGAAAGCACUAUGUGGAUAAUACCCAUGUAUUCUAAGUGUACUUCAUUUGGUAACUAUUCGCAUUUUAUAUCGACCCUUAUAUUUGGAGGACUCUGUCUUUCGUACAUGACUGCGGCAUUCAUGUUGCUCAAAACUGCAUUGCACACCAUAUUCGAGAUUAAAGUGAAAUUAAUCUUCAUAGAACAAAUCGUCGUUGGUGGUCUUAUAUUGAUAUGCAUGGGACUGAGUUUACCAUUUGCCACUAAUGGCGGAAUAGUUUUAUUGGAGAGUGUAGACGCUGUAAUGACAGGGUUGGCGAUGCCGUUUGUUUGUCUGCUAGAGUUGGUGGCACUGCUGUAUGUGUACGAAAGUCACGAUUUUAUUUCCGAUAUGAACAUCGCUACAGAGGAAAACGCAUGUUCUUCUCGUAUUGGCACUCAAUGGCGAAUGAUCCCAUUUAUUACUGUUGUCACGAUUGUAAUUAAAAUAUCAGUCCUAGUGAGCUCCGAAUUGCCCGCUAAAUUCAUAUACAUGGCGCUGGCGCCGCUCUGCGUUCUAGUGGUAGCGGUACCACUGCGUGCCUGCUACAACGCCUACUUUUUCCUCGCUUCAACGCCAAAUAGCAAUUAGAUAUACAGUCUCUUAUGUAUACCUGCAGAUAUUUUUAACGCUACGUUGGAAUAAAUUUAUACAAAUAA